GGAGUAACUAAGAACUGGUCUAUUGAAUCUGAAACAGGGUACAAGCUCUAUCUGUGCUGGUCUUGCAUGGAGACUCAUUUGUUGAUCGAAGUUUCAAUCGGGGUCUGCGCCUGCAGACUAAGUGCCGUCCGAGGAUCUUCCUGCUUGCUGUGUGCUCAUGCGCGACCAGGCUGCAGGGAACUCGCAUACGCUUUUUAAAGGGACCAACAGGUCUGCUGGCAUUCUAACAAUUUGUGCUGGUCGUGAUAGCAUCCUUUGGACUUAGGAGCACGGAUACUUAGGAAUCAAUGAGUGUGGUGCCUUCUUCGUCCCUUGAUGGUGAGAUGGAUUCAACCAAAAUGACCAAGGAACAAACCAGAGAAGAUAGUUUUAUCUCCAGCGAUGUGGGGCAUAGUUCUAGCGCUAUCAGAAAAAAGGAAGGUUUAUCUUUGCCUCUGAUCUUCAGUGCUCUAUCUGUCACAGUCGGUGGAUCAUUACUCGCAGGGUUCAAUACCGCAGUUCUCUCAGUCCCUUCAUCGGAAAUGAAGGAGUUUUUCAACGAGUCUUACCGCCAUCGAAUGGGAUCUCAUCUUGACCCAGAACAGGAGAGGUGGUUAUGGUCAAUCACCGUAUCAACCCUGUGUAUAGGAGCAGCCAUUGGCGCCCUUUUAUCAAGUUACCCUAGCAAUAGAUUUGGAAGGAAGAAGACCAUUAUGAUGAACAAUGCUUUCUCAAUAUCCGGGGCUAUGUUGAUGAGUUUAAGUGUUAUAUCUCACUCAUAUGAGAUGGUCGUUAUUGGUAGAUUUCUGGUGGGAAUCAACUUAGGAGUUGUGACUGCUGUUGUUCCUAUUUACCUGACUGAGAUCUCACCAACCAAUCUACGAGGAUUGGUUACAGCUUUACAUGGAAUGCUUCAGAACCUUGGUGUGUCGCUCUCUCAGGCUCUUGGUUUGUAUGUGUUUACCUGGGCGUCUUCAUGGCCCUUACUCAUAGGUCCUCCGGUUAUUAUGACCAGUCUAUUCCAGCUAACUACCGGUCUCUGCUCUCCAGAGAGCCCCCGAUGGCUUUAUAUCAAAAGGAAUCAACAACAGACUGCAAUCAAAGCUUUAAGACGACUACGUACUUCGAACGAUAUAUCAUGUGACAUCUCUGACAUGGAUGAGGAGAGAGUUCGAGAGAAGACGCAGGAAGUUGUUGGAAUCCUUGAUCUGCUGAGACUACGUCAACCAGGCUGGGGUCGGCCUCUCUUACUUACUAUCAUCUGUAACUGUUGUGUUCAUCUCACUGGUGUCAAUGCGAUCUGGUUUUAUUUGAUAGAAGUCUUCCAUGCUACUGGGCUAUCUGAAAGACAGAUCGGUUUUGUGACUGUUUGGCUUGGAAUAGCAAAUGUAUUCGUUACUUUACUAUCGGGCUACUGCUUCGAUCGGUUUGGCAGAAGACCUAUGAUAAUUGGGUCUCUAGCCGUCUGCAUUAUUAAUCUCUCUACUUUAACCGCGUGUAUGCAAUUUCAGACAUACUAUUCCUGGUUGCCAUGGGUAAGCGCCUCUCUGAUUGCCGUCCAUACGUUGAUGGUGAGCCUUGGACCAGGUGCUGCUCCAUUUGUCCUAUGUACGGAGAUCUGGUCCCAGGGCCCGCGAAGUUCCGCUAUGGCUUUUGGUUCUCAAGUCUACUGGACGAUGAACUUCUUGGUGGGAUUACUUUUCCCUACAUUACAAGCAUAUCUUGGUCCGUAUUGCUUCUUGCUCUUCGCGGGGAUCCUCACUUUGAUAUUCGUCUAUUUUUGGUUUGAACUGCCGGAAACAAGGAACAAGACAUUCGAAGAAAUCGCUUGUAAUUUCAAGAAGGAUGUAACCUUUCAAAAUAAAGAUGAAAUCAAGAGACUAUAUGAAAACCAAGAUCUUUCUAUUGCCAAGGCGCAGUGUCAUCAUGAAGAAAAGCAUGUGUAGAAUAGAUCUAUGAUUUUUUUUUAUGUAGGUUUGAAUUUUUACUUUUGUAAAGCGAGAACAUAAUGUGGAGACUUUUUAUUGGUUGGAUAGAGGGCUCCAGAUGUUAACUUUUGAUAUUUAUAAUAACAGGUUGAAAUGGUCGCAAGGGAACGGGUCUUGCUAUCGUCUUUUAGUCUUUGUGUCGUGUGUUAAAAUAUCCCUGCGGUGUCCGUUGGCAAUAAACACUUUAGUAACUAGGGGUCAUUUUCAUACAACUAUGGUAACUUUGGCGAUAUCGUAACUUCCAUAGAAACCUUGAUUGUGAUUGGCUACUGAGCAUAUAUCAUUAAAGGUCAAGUCCACCCUAGAAAAUGAUGAAAUGAGCAUAAUGCUGAAAAUUUCAUCAAAAUCGGAUGUAAAAUAAGAAAGUUAUGACAUUUUGAAGUUUCGCUUAUUCUUCACAAAACAGUUAUAAUUAUGCACAACUCAGCAACAUGCAAAUGAGAGAGUCGAUGAUGUCCCCCACUCACUAUUUCUUUUGUUUGAAUUGUACAAUAUUUCAAUUUUUACAGAUUUGACGAUAAGAACCAACUUGACUGAACCAUAAAAUGUUAAAACAAUGGUAAUUCCACAUUUAAGGGAAGAUAUAAAACUUUGUUUGACAGGACAAUGAGUAGAAAUUACAAUAUUUCAUAUUUCAUAUAAAGAAAUGCAAAAGAAAUAGUGAGUGGAUGACAUCAUCAGUUCUCUCAUUUGCAUACCGACCAGUAUGUGCAUAUAACUGUUUUGUGAAAUUAAGCGAAACUUUAAAAUGCCAUAACUUUCUUAUUUUACAUCCGAUUUUGAUGAAAUUUCCAGUGUUAUGCUUGUUGGAUUUUACUCUUUUUAUUGAAAUUAACUUUUUGUUGGGGUGGACUUGUCCUUUAGAAAUACCAUAGUUAAAACGCUACCCAUGUGUUGAAUGGGUGCAGUAACGCAAUGAGUCGUAAGAUUUGAGAGGCUAUAAUGGCGGGUUGGGGAAAUUUCUGAAUAGCUGCGAGCGCGCGAAGCAAGUCUGGUGCAAUUUCCACUUUUUUUUUUCUUGUUUAUACAAAUUUGGGAGAGUCUUUGCCCCCAGCCCCCGACUUUGCACUAUGGAAUGAGUGCACGAAGUGAUCUGAAAGUAAAAAUGCAUAUCAGUGAUCUGCCAUUUUUUCCCUCCUCUCCCAUUUCACUUUCUCUUUUCAUAUUUAAACUCUCUCUCUUAUAUUUUGCACUUAUCCUUUCUUACUUUCCUCUUCUUUGUUUUUCUCUUUCUUUCUUUCUUUCCUUCUUUCAAUUUUUUAUUUCUUUCCCUUUCAUUCGUACUUUUUAUACACGUCUAAAAACCUUCUUUUGCGAAUUAUUGUUUUUAAUGUCUUUGGUUUUUGUUCAUAAUCUUGAAUUGCAUUUGAUUUAACACCAGCUAAUGAGGAGAAUAAUUUAACAGAAGAUUGAAUUGUUUUUAUAAUCCCCAGGCAUUAGCUAGUGUUCUUUCCUUCAUGUGUUCUGAGUACUAUUGAACUUUUAAUAUUGUUUUAAUAUCGUGUGAUAAUUAUGUUUUAUGUACUGAUAUUUAUUACUGUUAUGAGUGUAACUGUGUUCCUUGAAAUGAAAUAGAAUAAAAUAAAUAAAUAAAUAA